UCUCAACCUUCUAGGCUACCUCCAUCCGAACCCGACUGUCACCGCUUUUGACCGGCGCGGCCCCGCGUUCUUCGCCAUGGGCGACCGCGUCCCCGUGCGUUCUCGGUGACCGACGGAUCGCGCGGUGACGAAGACCGCCAUGCCCAGCGGGACGACGCUGGGGAAUCGCUUCGUGUUUCCUGCGCCUGAUCCUUCCUACAGCGCGCAGUCCUACAAGAGGCAUCUCUGUUGGAUCCCCUGGAACCCCAUCAUCUCGCCCGAGCGCGUGAGCGAUCCCCUGCAGGAUGGAAUUCCGUGCUUGUGGUUCCCAGCUCCCAAAGCGGCCACGGUGAUCCUUUUCUUUCACGCCAAUGCGGAAGAUUUGGGGAUGUCCUUUGCGAUCUUGAAGCACAUGCGUGAUCAGUUCAAGGUCAACGUGCUGGCCGUGGAAUAUCCAGGCUAUGGGUUGCUGCAUCAUUUGGAUGCCUCGGAAGAUGCGAUUUGCGAGGUCUCACUGACAGCCUUCCGCUUCUUGGUGGAUAUCAUUGGUGUCCGCUACUCGCAGAUCAUCCUCUUCGGUCGCUCCUUGGGGAGCGGCCCGGCCAUCUAUUUGGCCUCUCGCUUUCCGGUGGGCGGACUGAUCUUGGUCUCUGCCUUCCUUUCGAUCCGCGCGGCAGUGCAAAGCAUCGGUGGCUAUUUGCUUUCCAUGGCCUUCCAAGAGCGCUUCCCCAAUAGCAAUGUGAUCGCGAAUGUGAGUUGCUCAACCCUUUUCAUCCAUGGGGAGGCCGACGGCUUGAUCCCCGUGGACCACUCCUUGACGCUCUUCAAGCGAUGCCGCGCACGAAAGUUGCUGAUCACUCCGCCGGAGAUGGAGCACAAUUCCAACCUCUUCGGGAACGCGAACUACUUGGCGAUCCCAGCCAUCCACUUCUUUGGCUUCCCGGGGUAUUACACCGCCACGCCCCCGCGACUUCCUGCAAGCCUGUUUGAGACGCCCAUGAGACAACACCCACUCACUGGCAGGUCUGCGCUUGGAAGCAAGCCCUUGCUUUGUGACUGCCUGGCCAAGAGGGAUCCCUAUGGCUGGGAUUUGGGACCGCAGCGUGCAGGGGAUGCGCCCAACAACAUCACCGUGUGCUUCUUCAAAGAUGAUGAUCCUGCUGAGCCUCUAGAUUCCUUGCAGCGCAUGCCGGCCGGCGACGUCUCCGAGGUCGCUGAGCUCGACGCGACCGAGGCCGCCGAGGUGUCGCCGGCGGAGCCGUCGGUGACGCCGUUGAACACGGCGGAGUUUGCGGAGUCGGAAUCCUUGGGCACCUGAACUGGGAGAGGUCGAGAGCAGGAGC